GGCGAUGCCGAUGUCGAGAGCAUGAACGGCCUUUAGAUGGAAAAGAAGCCCAUGAACAAUUGGACAAUGGACACAGCCAUAUCUUAAAUGGGCCUGGUGGUCCUGAUCUAUCAUAUGUGGGCCUGCACUUGUCCGUUCUGAGCAAGGCAAGUGAUGUUUGAGUAGGGCCCAUCGAGGGUGGAAUUUUGCUCCGUUUAGUCUCCACACCUCGUGCAGUCACAGUGAUCUCCACAGCCACCGCGACGCCGCUCCACACUGUACAGGGUACAAUGAGGGAGUGAGAGAAGUGUGUGUGGGGAUGGUAACAGCUGGUGAUGCUAGAUUCGAUUUGAGGUGGCUUUUUCUUUCUGCAGAAUCUAAGCAACGAUCUUUUCCUUGCUCAGACAUGACCAUGCCUAUAAAAGAUUCGUGGCAAUGACACUGACCCCCAUGGCCUUUGGGCCUUCAAUUCAAAUGUAGUACCUUAUGUCCUCCUCUGUCAUUGAGCUGCACUCGGUUCGAGUGGACGGCGCUACCAGUUUUUAAGGAGUUAAUUUUGGCGGUGCAGGCUAGGCUGCUAGCUAGCUAGCUAGUUGGAGUUUAUCACGACAGACAUAUAUGUAAACAAAACUUAAAACACAUCCAUCCCAUGACAACCCCUGAAACUCCACCAUUAUACUUGAGAGAUGGACACGAUGAUCACUCUCAAGAAUGCAAAGACGUAAUAUCUUCCCUUCCCAAAGAACCAGGCUGGGUCUCAACUUCCCUUCCCAAAGAACCAGGUUGGGUCUCAACAUUUCUCCACCAAUACCAAGGCUUUUGGUAUACAACUUGGCUGCUGCCAGGAGUCAUAGAUUGCCAAAACCACUUCCAAGCCCAAGAUUCUGACAUCCUCCUUGUCACCACUCCCAAAUCAGGCACAACCUGGUUAAAGGCAAUUCUGUUUACCUUGUUAAACCGGUUUAGCUUUCCACCUGCAGCCAAACUCCACCCUUUGUUAACUCAAAGCCCUCAUGACCUAGUCCCUUUCUUGGAGAUUAAAGUGUACAAUGGCAAACAAGUGCCUGACCUCUCUUGUUUAACACCUCCAAGGCUGUUUGCAACCCACUUGCCAUAUGUUUCCUUGCCAGAAUCAGUGAAGAAAUCCAAAUGCAAGAUUGUGUAUCUGUGCAGGAACCCAAAGGACACUUUUGUGUCACUAUGGCACUUCACUAAUAGGCUUAGGCUUAAGGAGAGUGGUGUCAAUGGUCUUGAAGAGGCUUUUGGUAAGUUUUGUAAGGGAAUUAGUUUGAAUGGACCGUUUUGGGAACAUGUAUUGGGGUAUUGGAAGGAAAGCCUGGACAUGCCUGAGAGGGUGUUGUUUUUGAAGUUUGAGGAAAUGAAAGAGGAGCCAAUUAUGAAUUUGAGAAGGCUAGCAGAGUUCAUUGGGUGCUCAUUUUCAGAAGAGGAAAAGGGUGGGGGUAUGUUGCUUGAUAUUCUGAAGCUGUGUAGCUUUGAUAAUUUGAGCAAUUUGGAGGUGAAUGUGACCGGGAAGUUGUCGUCCGGGGAAGAGAAUAAGGUGUUCUUCCGGAAAGGGGAGGUUGGAGAUUUUGGGAAGUAUUUGACUGCAGAGAUGAUUGAAGAAAUGGAUGGAAUUACUGAGCACAAAUUGCAUGGUACUGGCUUGAAGCUUUAGUGUCAUUUUCUUUUAAUGUUAUGCAAGUGUCAACUGAUUUUUCCUUUGCUGUCACAUUCUAUGUUGAUGGCUUAAA